AUGGUGAGCAAGGACGCUGGUAAAUGCAUGCUCACCAACUCUGAGUCGGACUCAGAGGCAACAGCGGCCUCCAUGGCCCUGGAGGUCAAAGGAUCGUCGGACGAAAGCCGGCAGGUGCGCAAGCGCAACAAAGCCCUUCAGGUGCGCUUCAAGGACAUCUGCGAGGCACAGAAUGAACAGGCUGCUGCGGCCCGAGGGGGGAAGCCGGUCUACAAGGUGGCGUACCGCAAGUACAUGACCGUCCCAGCUCGCAGAUCAAUCCCCAAUGUCACCAAAAGCACCGGAGUGCAAACAUCACCGGAUCUUAGGAAGCGUUACCAGACUUUUCCAUUUGAGCGGAAGAAAGGACAUACGGUCAAGCAUGCUGCUGUUGUGGAGAGCUGUAAGGAUCAGGACGAUGGGUUUGUUAUUGAUGUAAAGAGGGCGAAAGCUACCGAGGCAGGUAGGGAGUGCGUACCCUCUCAAAAUGUGAGGAAAACAAGAGCAUUAAUGCACACCAGCAAGUGUGUCGCAACUAUAGAGCAACAUCCACAAGCCAGGGACUGUCUGGAGAGAACAGACGGACCAUGUUCGGACGCUUUGGUUCUUCCUUGUCCGACAGAUGGGUCCGCAGUGGGAAUGGACAACUCGGACUAUCAGAUCUGUAGCGUCAGAAGUAAACACAGUAAGGGCUUCCAGAGAGACUCUGGAACUCUUGAUCGCUCAGGCAAGCUGCAGUUGCUGAACUCUGGGGAGAGCAGUGGGAAUAUUCUAGAGGAUUCCUCCUCCAAAGUGAUGGGACCUAUCGCGUGGAACUCUCUCACGCAGGUGGAGUGCCUGGAGAGUCCGUCCGAGCGGAGCAAACGCAAGAAUGCGCUUCAGCUCAAUGGCCUGCAGUCGCAGACGCUGCCGCGAACCAGUUGCACGACGCAAGUCCAGUGCCACACGGGCACGCUGUCUGCUCGACCGCUGCGGGCUAUGGAGGCAGCGGCGCCGGUGACUCCGGUCUCCUCGACAGCCGUUCCCAUGCCCGCGCCUCCAUGCAGGGGCAGCACGGGAUCAGGAACUCUACAGACGGAUAAUGAGGCGUGCAAGCAGAUAGUGCCUGUCAAUCAGGAUGGGGAUGUUAAAGCGCAGCUCCAGGCCAUGGAAAACAUGAUCAGCUCCAGCCAGGAA